AUGCACUGGGUAUGGGGGUUGCUCAUCGUCGCCGCCAACUUGGCCAAUAGCCAAAUGCCAAUUUUUCGGAAAUUCGAGUACAAACAUUCGUUCCGGGCGCCUAACCUCGCUCAACGUGAUGGAUCGAUACCGUUCUGGAUUGUAUCUGGUGAUGCCAUCGCCUCUGGAGAGCAGCUACGCCUCGCACCGUCCAUGCGCAGUCGGAAAGGUAUCGUAUGGAACAAGCGACCAAUGCAAGAGAGCGAGAACUUCCAGAUCGACGUAAGUUUAAAAGUUACCGGUCAGGGGCGAGUUGGUGCUGACGGAAUGGCAAUUUGGUAUACCGCUCAAAUGGGAAGCAUCGGCCCUGUUUUCGGUGCCAACGAUUUCUGGACUGGAAUGGGAAUAUUCCUCGAUUCGUUUGACAACGAUGGCCAGAAAAACAACCCAAUCAUUGCACUGAUGAUCAACGAUGGGACCCGCUCGUACGAUCACCAGACAGAUGGCAGUCAACAGAUUCUCAGCAGUUGCCAGAGAGACUUCCGUAACAAGCCAUAUCCUGUUCGUCUACGGAUUGAAUAUCUGAAAAAUGUCUUGACUAUUUAUGUUGACGAUGGCAUGACGCAGAUUCCCAGAUACGAACUUUGUAUAAGAGCAGAAAAUAUUUUCUUGCCCCGCAAUGGUCAUUUCGGUAUGUCAGCAGCAACCGGAGGCCUUGCUGAUGAUCAUGAUGUCCUCGAUUUCUCUGUGUUCUCGAUACAUACCGAUACUCGUCCACCUACAGCUACGCACAUUCCACAGGAAGAGAAAACAAAGUAUGAUGAGGAGUUCGAACGACAAAUGAAGGAGUACGAAGCUGAGCGUGCCAAAUUCAAAGAGCAGCAUCCAGAGAAAGCAAAGGAGGACGACUAUUAUGAUGAUCCAAAGUACUUCGAAGAUGCCACCUCUCGCGAGCUUAGGCAACUUCUCGAGGGUCAUAAUAGUAUGUUCCAGUUACUGCAACGAAUGGAAGGCAAAUUGAAUCAAAUUCAAGGUGGUGCUGUUGGAACGGCAAUGCCAGGACAAGUAGGUGUCACUGCUGGUGCUGGUUUGUUACAACACGAAAAGAAUGAGGUGCUUCAAACACUACGCGAUCUCUCUCAAUCACUACGUGAUCAGAAACAGUAUGUGAAUGAGAUUUUCACAAAAACAUAUAACUUGGAGCAGAAAUGGGGACAGGGUCCACCGCAAGGUGGUGGUGGUGGAGGCGUAGACCACAACAUGCAUCAGAAGGUAGACAGUUUAUUAAAUGAGAUCCGAACUGUACGAGCAAAUCAGCUACAACAGGGUGGCACUGCCGUUAACUGCCCGAAUAUCUCGUGCCUGUCAUCAAGCUUGUUCCUUGCUGUAAUUUUCAUCCAAGGACUUGUCAUUGUUGUUAUAGUCUUUAUCAGAAGCAAACCCGACAAAGCCAAGUUCUACUGA